AUGCUCAAGGAAAUCUGUGGUUCGCCGUCCUGUAUGACUGGAGUCCCUGUCUUCCUUCAUUAUCUACCUAACAGUAUCAAUAAGCUCCGCUUCCUCGCCGUCUGCUUGACCCCCAUCCCCUACCUUGCUAUAGCACCAGCUCUCAUUGCUCCUUUGGGCUUCCUGUACGGCGCUGUAUCGGCCGGGUGGAGUAAGAUCUGCUCCCUUCGACGGCCGGGAAGCGGGCUUCGCUGGUACUUUACUGGUCCUCUCCUCUUGACCUUGGCCUGGUCAGCUGGAGAGACCAAAGGCGAGGUCGUUGGUCAUAGCGCCUUCGUCUCCACUCUAUCAUCUCUCUACCUCAGCGGUAGUGAAGGGGCUUUCUCGCUAUCGUGGACGGUCGACGGGACUUAUAGUAUCUUGUCCACUGUCAGCACCUGGAAGUCCCUCAUAACAGGGCCUUCCGGGCGUCUGAGGUGUGGCGUCAGACAGGCGCAACAACUCAAGAGGAUCUUCUGGGAGAAAAGACCCUUAGAAGGAUCCAUGCCGGCGGUCUGUCGCUUUCAAAUCGCCCUUGAUCUUCAGACCCCAAGAUAUCUACAAGUCCGUCUCCAGAGUCGGUUUGCAGAUCCUGCCUCCUUUUUCCAACUUUCCUUCUCACUCAAGGGUGCGGUGGACGGUUGGAAAAAGAAGUGCACCGAAGCUUGUCACGAUCCGCCGUGCUUUGCUUCCACCUCGUAUAAUCUCGAGACUCUUCGCCAGGUGCACAAAGGAAGAGUCUUGUCCUAUCUCUUCAUGGUAAGGAUGAUCACCAUGGUCGAUCUGCAGUGUUUCAGCGCUGACCUCGAGUUCAGAGUAUACUUUAAACCUCGAGUCUCCCGACACUUCCGCACUGAUCAUGCGUCAUGA